AUGAAUAACUUAUUACAAUUAUAUCCUUCUUCGGUGUUAAUUUAUGAACCCCCAGAAACCAUUGAUUCACCAUACCAACCAGUACCAAUAAAGCCGAUCACUGCAUCAAUGAAUUUUACAGACCUUUUACCAGAUUUUCCGUUCUUAUCAUCAAUGGAUUCGUCAGCCACUUCAUCAAUGGAUUAUCCAGGCAUUCAACCAAUAGAUUUACCAGUCAUUUCAUCAACGAAUUCGCCUGAUCGUAUUCCAUCACCACUUUAUAAUACUCCUCCAGAAACCGUAGACUCAUCAGAUGCUACCAAUGACGAAUAUAUUUCCUUUUUAAAUAGUUUUGACGGCUAUUACUAUUUCUGA